AGGAUACAGCUAAUUGUUUCAAAAAGGUCUAACUUUGAUAUUUAUAUUUUUCGUGAAAAAGCAAGGCUAUAGUCUUACCAACAUCGUCAAUUUUGGAAGAGAAAAUUUUUGCUUCAAAAUAAUGCCGAUGAAAGGAAACUUGACCAGGAAGAGGUAAAAACCAACUUUGUUUAUCGAAGGAUACAGCUAAUUAUUUCAAAAAGGUCUAACUUUGAUAUUUGCAUUUUUCGUAAAAAAGCAAGGCUAUAGGCUUAUCAAAACCGUCAAUUCUGAAGGCAAACUUUUUUCUAAAAUUUCAAAUGAAAACAAAACAAUUGGAUCAGAAAAUGUUUUGAUGAAUAUGCAGGAAACAAUUUGACCAAGUUUUGAAGAAUGUGCAGGCAGCACUCUUAACAAAGAAUAUUCCUGUGUGGGAAAUUUUCUCUAAAAUGUAAGUCCAGGGGUUCCUGAAAUUGUCAUUUUCUGAAGGAAAAAGUUGUGUUACAAAAUGAAGGAAAUUAAAGGCAAUUAGACUAGACUGAGUUAGAAAUUAACUUAACUGCAGAUAAUGCAGCAAAUGUAAUCACGAGUUUCUAUGCAUGUAAUGUUUUUGUAGGAUCAUUGUUUUAGUCUUCAAAAACCUGUAAACGGAAGUCGGCUACAAUUUUUCUCUAAAAAACAGAUUUAUGAUAAUAUGGCUAUAAAAAGCUAGUUUUUGCGUUAUGUGUUGAAGGAUGCGCAAUUUCACAGAACAUAACAAGAUUUUACUUUUGGUUAAAAACGUAAAAAGCACUUUUAGGCUGGCAAAUUGUUCAUAUUUGUAGCUAGUUUUCAUGGUUUGGAUAAAUACAAAUUUUAAGAGCUUUUGUCAGAAUUGAUUAGCAAUCAAUGUAGUAUCUUGAAUUGUUCAAGGCUUUUGAAGAAAUCAUAUUUUUUAGAUAACAUUUCUAAAAAACUGCAAUGUUUCAUAGCAUUAAAUCUUCAACUGUUUACAGCGAAUGUUUCUCUAAAAUGUAAUAGAUUCAAGGUCACUAUGUUAUGGAGUAACUCAGUUUGUACAGCAAUUUUUGAAGAACAUUGCUAAUUUUUAGAUGUGUUCAAUUUUCCCAAAGGCAUUGAUAAAGGCUUGGCAAAUUUUUCAACUUUUGAUUACAAAAUCAAAAAACGACUAAAGACAGCUUGAUCUGAAAGAGCUAAAAGUUACUUUGCUUCUAAGAAUUACGUUGAUAAAAUGCAAUGUCUGAAAUACAUGAUGCCUUAAACCUUGCAGUUUAUAGAUAUUUCAAAGUGAAUUUUUUUAUUUUGAAGACGGUGAACACUUUUUAUUAUUGUAACUAUCAUAGUAAAACAUAAGUUGAAUUCCGAUCUUGUCUUGAAGCACUUUCAUAGGCAGGCAGCCCAAUAACUAAUUUAUGAAAACGUCAAGCAUCUCCUUUUCGUCACUACGAUGAACUUGGAAAUAGUUGGCUGUCCUGAGAUUUAAGCCAUAAUCACAUUAAUUCAUAGUUUUUUGUUUAGGACAGUUUGUGGAUUUUGAAAAGCAUUAAAUUCGUUUCUUUUUGGCAUUAAUACAAACAGCAGAAUAGUAAUGCUGCAUUUUUUUGGUAUUCAGCAUUUGGAGAAAAAAUACGGUUUGCUAUUCAUUUCGCAAGUUUCGUGGUGUCACUAGCAAAGAUUUAUUUAAAUAUUACUUUAUCAUCUUGCAAUAGGAAUCGUCAAUUUCGGUGUUUUACAACCAAUUAAAAACAGUGUGGCACCUGCUAGAUAUUUUAAGAAAGUUAUGACCUGAACAAUUUUGACUGUGAAUUGCAUACGUAUUUCACAAAUACAAGCAUUUGUCGCAGCAGAUGUAUGGACCCUAUCUUAUCAAUCAUUCUAACAAAAGAUUCAUCAAGAUAAAUUAAGAGUUAGAAGCAAGUAAUCAUAAUUGUAAUAUGAUUUAUUAUAAAAUUUACCUGUUACAAUCACUGUCGUCUAAAAUAGAAAUCAAUAUGCUUAUAAAGUCGGUACGUGAUUUUGACAACGUAGAUUUGAUUGCAAAAGGCGGAAACAAAACAAUUAUAAAUUUUUGAAUUUCUUUUUGGUGUCUCCACAAUAAAGCUGAAUUUUGUUCAAUACAGGCACACUCUCUUUGCUAUUUCUGUGUAAUAUGUGAAUAUACUUUGAGGGCUGAAGGCAGUACUCUAAUCAAUACACUUUUAUAUCACAACAACUUUAGAGAACACCAGUCCCACCCCCUGGCAGAAUCAGAGGUUUCAAUUAUCACAACGGUUUACUUGCUGUUCCUGAUAUCAUAGUGAUGAGCAUCUGUUGGUAAUGCUAUAGAAGCCUAAAAUCUGUCGGUACAGCGAAGAAGAAAGAUCAACAAAAGGGUUUCAAAUUCACAAUAAAAAAUAAUUUACCAGCUUGCGCUCUCGAGCAACAGAUUUCCCUCGAAACAAUUAUGAUUGUACUCAGUAAAGAACGUCGUAGUUGCUAAAGCCGAACGCAAUAACAACAGACAGUGCAAGGAAAGAGAACUUCCUUGGAUAGCUGACGCGGCAAAAUCUUCAAAAACAUUCUUUGAGAAAAAAAACAGCAAAAAAGGUGGUAUGUUUUUUAGAUAUUUAACAUGGGUUUGUGCUUAUUUCCAGGCAUUUAGUUACGACAGGGUUUAUCUCCAUAAAAACGUUUUUCUACAGCAGUCGAAAAAAAAUUGUAAGUGGACCAUGGAAGCAGAAUUCCAUCCUUAAUACAAAUCCUGAUGUGUCUUGUGUGUCUUAUCUAAGCGUAAGCACAACAGCAACAUGACAGACUGACUUCAUCUAUAAACAUGUAUCCAAACUGGCUUUCGUAUGACGAUUGAUGACGAGAGUCGACACAAUGCAAUUUUUAAUGUUUUUGAUACCAUACGAUUGAUAAAGCUUUAUAAUCGAAGACUUAAAUUUUGAUUGUUUCUUUCUAUCAAUAUCUUUUCUCAAGCUCAAAACUAACAUUCUGGGGGUUUCAGAAUAAAGAUCAAAAUCUUUUAAACUCGUCUCAGUGGAUGUUGAGGUUCGGAUUGAGAAUCAUAGUUCACAGCAAAAGCUUUCGUAAGCCUUUCUAUUACAUCAUUUUUUAAAAAAUCAGCAUCAUCUACUUAAAUCACACAAGUAGAAAUAAAGGUAACUAUGAACCAUGAAAACCAUGGAAAUUAAUCUUAAUAAAACUUUAAAGCACUCACCAGAUAACUUUGCUUUCCCUCUGAAACAUUUUUGUGUCCAGCAGGAACCUCGAUUCUGCAAAUUUGUUUUCCCAUUUACAAUUACUUCUGUACUGUCCCCAGCAUUCAUUAUCUGUGACGUCAGAGGAGCACCAGGGACAUAUGCCUGUCACUUUUGUAAAAGUGCCCUUUCCUCGGAAGUUUUUGUCCCUCCCUACAUUUGCCCUUAGAUAAGAAAUAGACCCGACGUCCAAGGUCUCUACUUUAUUUGUGUCUUUGGGUGCCAGAAUACGUUUACACCUACGAUCAUUCUAAAAAUGUCAAGCUGCAUGACGUUAAAAUCAAAGGGACUGGCAAGACCAAUCGGGAGUAAGGAAACCUGAACCUGGAUAUGUACACGCCAACAGUUCACCAAUUAUAAAGCAAAAUCAAAUAGCAAUUUUUACUCCAUAUUAAAUAAUGUAGCCAAGGUGGUAAGAAGGGAGCAAAGGCGAGCUUAGCUGGAGGAGGUAUAAGGGCUUUCUCCUAGAAACGUUUUUCUGACCACACCAUUUGAUUUGGGAUGACAGAGCAUGCCCUGUAUGAAAAAAUCUGUGUCAUUGACUUUGCUUUAAAGGGCAUAUGUCGCAUUAGCAUUUGGCUAAUAAAACAAAAGCGUUUGGAGUGGAAUUCCAUUGUUUCGUGACUUUUCAUUUCUUCUUAAUUAAUUUUUGCCGUAAAAAUUCAUCCUCGACUCCAUGCUUUGUACUAAACAAAAGUGAUAAUUGUAUUGCAGUAGCCAGUCAUGUUCACGACACAUGUCCUUUAAUAUGUUGCAGAUUUGGGCUUUCCACUGAAACCAAAUUUCUGAUAAUUGUUUGGGCGCAUCCUUUGUUUUGCUAGUGUACAUAUCAUCAGUUAUUGUAUCAUCUAAUUUUAGCUGUGCUAUUUUGCUUCAUUAAGCUACAAUUCUACCAGAUUGUGCAAAUCCCCCACAAAUUUUGCUAGAAUGAACAGUAAAUAGGAGGGUGCUGGAAUGGAGGGUGUCCCAGUCAUCUCCAAAUCAAGAUUGAUGAUAUUCAUCGUUGGAAUAGUAGAGCUUGGAACAUUUCAAAGGGUGCAAUAUAUCAUUUUUGAUGUAGUUCUAAAAAAUCAUAUUUUAACAAAAGUGAAAUUUUUCAAAAUGAAAAGAGGAAGAGCAAUUUUAUAGAACAGUCUGUCGUAAAGGUUUAAAUAAUACAAAUUCUUGCUGCUAAAACGAUAGAAGCUUUCCUUGAAAUAAGGUAACUUGUAUUCAGCAGGACAAUGGAAGCCAAGAAAAACAAAAUUGCAGUGUUUGAAGAAAGUUUUCCGAAUGAGGUAAUGUCUUCAGAAGAACCUGAAGAGCCAGGCUCAAAAGGUUUGACCAUCUUUGAACGAGAAGAAAAUUUCAGGUUUCAAGGAACAACAGGAUUUGUCGAGGAAGAGAAAUCAGUUUUUCAAAAGGCAGGAUACCUCAGGCUGCAAGAAUCAGUCCCUGUUGUCCCUAGAAGAGCUGCCAUUAUAUGCCUAAUUCUCAACUGCUUGUUUCCAGGCCUUGGUACAGCAACAGGAGCGUUCGUCUCAAUAUUGUGGCCUUGUGAUCAACAUAUGGCCGCAAGAUGGGUCGAAGUGUUUACUUGGAACAUAAUGGCGUCAAUAUUUCAACUGAUAACUGUACUCUACUUCUUCAUUGGUUAUUUCUGGGGUAUUUGGUGGGGAAUAACGAUGAUACAGAUAGCUCCACCAACCGCACUUGCAAAAAAAUUUAACAUCACGGUGGGCCGAAAGAAACGACAAAGCUAUCUGGAAAGAAUGUGAAAAAGCAAACGUAGGGAUGACAACUGACCCAGGCAUAUAAGAAAGCAAUGUGCUCUUCACGACGAAAGCCAAAAGAAGGUGUGAUGGACGCGCAUGAUUAACAAUAUUUACCUGCAAGAUAACGGUGAGAUGUCUCUUGUUUUCAAAGCAUAAGCACCAAAGAUGAUCGAACAACCAGGAGGAUGUCUGAAUGUCAGGCCCACUUUGGUCCAGUCAUUCAAAACAAAACUCAAUGAUACAUUAUGUCAGGGGAAUGCAAAUGAAAACUGUCGAAACCGCAACAUAAUAACAUAUUAUUAUAAAGGAUAAGCCUGUUGCAAAAUCGUGUUCAAAAAAGUAUUUGAUGCAGGUGUAUUUCAUCCAGUUACAUUUGCAGGUGGACUCCAUUGCUUUCGGGGUCAAUAUCGUACCGGUUUUUCGGCUGCGAUUGGUCAAAGGUUCGUAGACAGAAAAGAAGGUGAAAAAUCUCCAUACUUGGAAAAACUUUCAAAAAAUGGAAAAGACUUGCACUCGAAUUUUCUUACACAUUAAGUUAUCCCUAUCCAUCAUAUCAUUAAAGGAAGUUUUCAAGCUUACCUUAAGCAAAAUGUAUCGAUAAAUCCCGACAGGACAUUUUCUGCCCCCUCCUCAAUGCUACUGUACAUUCGCAUAUUACCCACAUCCGAAAAAAAAUGUUAGAUUAAGGAUUGGGAAUUUGAGGCCGCAAAUAAAAUCGUCCACGUGUGUGGUUUCCAAAUAUUGGUUAAGGUUCACGGCAAUCCGCUUCCGCCAUACAGCGCUCUGAUUAGCGGAAUGGAAAUCUCUCUGUUCUGCAUCUGAUCCGAAUUAUCUAGAAUCCAAUAUCAGGGGCGAAGCCAAAAAAAACUUUCGGAAGGGUA